AUCGAAUCUCACGACUUCACUUCGUGUCACCACCUACCGUCACCACCCCCUGGCUGACUCCAACAGCUGGGUCCAUUCCCCUCUUUCGUCCCUUCUCCGCAAACCCCUCUCUCUCCUCUCUCUAACCACCACCACCAACUCCACCACCUCCACCAUUUUAGGAUUAGGGUUUUAACAAUGCAAUCACCACCACCACCAUCACACUCCGUUCAAUCCGAGCCCUCAGAAAUGGACACCUUCUCAAACACAGUCAUCGACGAACCCACAGCAUCGCUCUGGGAUUGGAGCGAUUUCCUCGAUUUCAAUCUCGACGAUCAAUUGGCCCUUUCCUGGGACUCCGACCAACCACCGCCCUCGGAACCCCAUCCGGUAGAUGAGAUUCCGGCGUUGUCGGCGGAAAUUCCCGGCCGGGUUAGGAAACGAGACCCUAGGAUGACGUGCUCAAAUUUCUUGGCGGGUCGGAUCCCCUGCGCGUGUCCGGAGCUCGAUGCGAAGCUCGAGGAGGAAGAGGGUGGGCAGGGGAAGAAACGGGCCCGGACUGUGAGGGCGGCGACUGGGACGGCGAGGUGUCAAGUUCCUGGGUGUGAAGCCGACAUCAGCGAGCUCAAGGGGUAUCAUCGGCGGCAUAGGGUUUGUCUACGGUGUGCGAAUGCUACUGCUGUUGUUCUUGAUGGGCAGAGUAAAAGAUACUGUCAGCAGUGUGGCAAAUUUCACAUCUUGUCAGACUUUGAUGAAGGUAAACGUAGUUGUCGGAGAAAGUUAGAGCGCCACAACAAUAGACGCCGAAGAAAACCAGCUGAGUCCAGAGAUGCAGUUGAAAGGGAAUCUCAAGGGGCCCUUUUGAGUGAAGAUGUUGCUUGUGAUGAUGAAGCCAGGAAAGAUAGCACAUGCUUGAGCAGCCAAACCGAUGAAAAGGAAGCAUUAUUAGAGCACGAAGAUCGACGCAAUUCAACACUUUGCUCUGCUCAUGAUUCCCAAAACAUCCAAAGUGAUAGUGUUUUAUCCUUUGUGUCUUCUGAUGAAACCCUAAUGGAUGGAGAAAAAGAUAAUUCUAAAACUCUUUUUUCACCCUAUUGUGACAAUAAGAGUGCCUACUCAUCUACGUGCCCAACUGGUCGGAUCUCAUUCAAGCUUUAUGAUUGGAAUCCUGCAGAGUUCCCAAGAAGACUUCGGAAUCAAAUAUUUCAGUGGUUGGCCAGCAUGCCCGUUGAGUUGGAGGGGUAUAUUCGUCCUGGCUGUACAAUCUUGACUGUGUUCGUUGCAAUGCCAAAGUCUAUGUGGCUCAAGUUAUUUGAAGACCCGGCCAUAUAUAUACAUGACUUUGUCAUUGCACCUGGAAAGAUGCUAUCUGGAAGAGGCACCUUACUUGUUUAUCUAAAUGACAUGAUUUUCCGUGUAAGGAAAGAAGAAACUUCCGUGAUGAAGGUUGAGGUUGCAGGAAAUCCACCGAAGCUUCACUAUGUUCAUCCUACUUGUUUCGAGGCUGGCAAGCCCAUGGAGUUUGUUGCAUGUGGAAGCAAUCUACUUCAACCCAAAUUCCGGUUUCUUGUGUCUUUUGCUGGGAAGUAUUUGACUUGUGAUUAUUGCAUUCCACUUUCUUAUAGUAAGACUGGAGGAAAUAAUGGUUGUAGUCUUGACCAUCAGUUAUACAAGAUAUAUAUCCCCACUACUGAACCAGAUCUGUUUGGCCCUGCAUUUAUAGAGGUCGAGAAUCAGUCUGGCUUAUCCAACUUCAUUCCUAUUCUAAUAGGCUACAAAGAGAUUUGUUCUGAGAUAAAGACAUUGCAGCAGAAAUUUGACGCCUCUUUCUGUUCAAAAGGAUCACAGUUUGCUGCUAUCGGUUCUUUGUCUAAUUCAUGUGAAGUUUUUUUAUUGAGACAAAGAGCAUUCUCUGAAUUUCUUUUAGAUAUAGCAUGGCUACUCAAGGAGCCUACAUCAGAAAAUAUACAGCACAUUUCGUCUUCACAAAUUGAAAGAUUCGAUUGUUUGUUGAACUUUCUAAUACAUAACAACUCCACUACCAUCUUGGAGAGAGUGCUACAAUAUAUGACGAUUUGGUUGGAUAAUAUGAAGUUAAACACUUCAGCAAAUGGCACUGCUGAUACUGAUAUGAGUCCAUUGCAGAGGAACAUUGAUCGUGCUAGAGAUAUCAUUGGUCAGAAGUUCCAAAAAGAAGGGGAUUCAGUAGUGUAUUCAGGAAGAUUUUUGUUGAAAGAAGAUUGUUUCAAGCAAAGCUCUGAAAAAGGGAUGCUCUCCAUUGUUCCAAUUACCAAUCAGGAGAUGGAGAUGGGUUUAAUGUCUGCAGACACAAGUGAGAAGGCUUCACUUUUGAAUGGAGAGGUGGUUAUGAACGUGAACCUUUUUAAGGAACAACCAAGGAAAACCUGCAGUCGCAUUUUCUCUAAUACAAAUUUGAACUCUCGUCCUUUCAUCUUUGUAAUUGCUGCUGCUGCUGUUUGUUUCGGGAUAUGUGCAGUCCUCCUACACCCUAAGAAGGUUGUUGAAUUUACAGUGACUAUACGCAGAGGUCUCUUCGACAACUCUUAGGUGUUAACAGCACUGAUGAAGGGGCUCUUGUUCUUGACCUGUACAUACCAAUGUACACUGUACUAGUUAGGGUAUGCAGUUCAAGUCUCCAGCAUGUGGAUGUGUCCACCAGGCUGCCGAGCUUGAUCGCUGAGUGCUGGUCGUCGCUGCUGCUCUGGUGUUAAGUUUUUGCUCAUUCAGAUGUGCCAGGACCAGACAUUUCCAUUACUGCCCUUCGCCUCAUUUUUUCUGUUGUAGUGAGAUGAAAAUUCCUAACAGGUGCGGUGCCCGGUGACUUGGAACCAAGGAAGGGGAUUGGGUGGGCAAAUCCAGAACCAAUGUCCCAUGUAUCGUCUCUUAUAUACAUACACAACUUGUUAUUGGUCUGUCUAUUGUUUCUGUACAUUAUUUCCAGGUGCCUGUGUAAAAUAAGUAUGCUUCCUUGGUUGGUA